AUGAGCUCAUCCGAUGAAGCAGUACACGCCCGAGUUAGCGAUGCAGUUGGCAGCUCCACGCGCAAGGCGGGCGCCCGGCAGCCAACCACACGCCCAACUUGGGCGUGCACAGUUUCUUUGGGCGCCCGAGUUGGGCGUUCGGUUCAAACCGACAAUACGUCUAGAGUUGAAGUUGAUCAUACCGAUUAUUUUACAACAACUCAAUUGUUUGACUCGGGGGACGAGUUAGUGGCUUGGGCUCGGUCCGUUGCAAGAGCUCUUUUCGUGAAAUUAAUUAGAAAAAGUACCCCCAAAAUAAAGAAAGUGUGUCUGACUUGUGACCUGUUCGGAGGGCCUCGAGAAAGUAACGUAGAGCCGUCCUCGAAAAGGUCUGGUAGCAAAAAAGUAAAAUGUGGUUUUCAAAUCGUCGGAGACCGGCGGUUGGACGAUAGAUGGGAGCUCAGAAUAGUAUUUGGGAAGCAUAAUCAUUUUCCGAUAUACAUGUCUGGGCAUGGGCUUAGUGCAUUGAAUGAAGCGGAGUCGAAGAUUAUCAAGGAUCUUUCACAAAGUCAUGUGCCGCCCAAGAAGAUUUUGGCUAACUUGAGACAAAAUGGCUUGGGUCUCGAUGCUUAUUCGAAACAAAUAUACAAUGAAAAGGCGAAAUUGAGAAGAUUAGCUAGGGGUGACCGUACAGUGAUGCAACAUUUGAUUGGGUUGCUUGAGAAGCAUAACUAUUACAAGUGGUUACGUACAGAUGAAACAACAUGA